AUGUAUUCGGAUAAAACUUUUAAAGUUACUUCAAACAGCGCUACUAAAGUUGGUACAACUACACGCAAGAUAAGAAAAGCGCAAGCUCCAUCAUCAAAAAUGAUUGGAAUCGAAUACGAUGAUUAUUCCUCAUUUGCCAAAGUCAGAUUACCCGAAAUCCCUACCACUGGCAAUGAGAUGAAGGAGGCUAGCUGUGUUGCUCCAACCUCCCCGGAAGGACGUAAAUCACAGAAUAUCUAUCAUACCCGAACUCCCUCCUUAAAACGGAAGAAUGACGAAAUUUUGGCCGCUGAACUUCAAAGAAAUACAAGAUCUUUUGAAAAUUUUCAUCAAGAUGAUUUUAAUAAUAUCUCUUCGAAAAGAGCGACAAUAUGUGGUAGUUCUUUAAGAAGAUUCUCAUCUAUUCGUUCAAAUCAAUCUGAUUCAUUCGAACGUGUAACAAAACACCUCCCUCCAAAAACAAAACUUACUUCUUCAGAAUUAGAGGUAAUGAACUUAAGGAAUGAAAUACUUAGGGCAAAGAUAGAAUUAUAUAUCAAGGAACAAAUUGAAACGCUUAACAAUCCUAUGCAAUUUCAAGAUGAUGUUCCUGAUAUAGAAUAUGAGAAAGAUCAGUUAAUUGAUGAUUAUGAUGCUAAAGAACAUACUGCUUACAAAGAAGCUCAUAUGGCUGAAAUUAAAGAUAGUUUAAUGAGCAUUCGGCAGUAUUGUGAAGCAAUGCAAGCUAAGAAUGCAAAUUUGAAUUCUGAAGUUAACCAUUAUAAAAAAGAUUUAGGCCCUUCCUCUGAUGACAUUUCUCGACCACAUAAAAAAACUGUGAAAAAUCAUAAAUUUAUUGAUAAAAAACAGGAAAAAUUACGUCCUCGUAGAAAUAUCAAUGAAAAUCGGGGAAAUAUUAAAGUAUUCUGUAGAGUCCGUCCACCUGUAUUAUCUGAAUGUGAAGAUAUCGCUGACAUCAGAUUUCCUCCAUACUCUUAUAAUAAAAAAAUUUCUCUUGCUUCUAUCAAAAGAAAUUAUUGGGGUGUGGAAAGAGAAACUUCUAAAGAAUAUAAAUUUGAUAAAGUUUUUGGUGCUUCUGCGACACAAGAAGAAAUAUAUAAUAACGUUGCUCCUAUAGUUCAAUCUGUUGUUGAUGGAUUUAAUGGUUGCAUUUUCGCUUAUGGUCAAACUUGUUCUGGUAAAACUUAUACUAUGCAAGGUCCACAAGACCCAACAAUUUAUAAUGAAGGCAUGAUCCCACGUGCUGUUCGUCAAAUAUUUGAACAUGUUGAUGACUUAAAGACUAAAGGUUGGGAAUAUGAAAUUGAAGGUCAAUUUAUCGAGAUUUAUAAUGAUUCGAUCCGUGAUUUACUUUCGGAUGAUCCUUCUAACCAUCAUGGUCUCAAGUUCCGAACUAUCCAUGAUGAAAUAACUGGCACUACCAUGGUCAAUAAGGCCAAGACUGUGAAUCUCGAUUCAGUUGCAACUCUCAAUUGGGUUUUACAAAUGGCUGCCAAAAACCGAGCAGUCGCGUCAACAAAAUCUAAUGCUAACUCUUCACGAAGCCACAGCAUUUUCAUGAUUCGAUUAAUGGGCACCAAUACAGUUACCAAUGAAAGUAGAAUUGGAACAUUGAAUUUAGUUGAUUUGGCAGGUUCAGAACGUCUGUCAAAAUCUGGUUCUCAAGGAGAUCAAUUACUAGAAGCGAGAUACAUUAAUUCAAGUUUAAGUCAUUUGAAAACUGUGAUUAAAGGUAUCAAAGGAAAGUCGGAACAUAUUAAUUUUAGGAAUUCGACUUUAACUUGGCUUUUGAAAAAUUCUUUGGGUGAUAAAUCCAAAGUUCUUAUGUUUGUCCAUAUAUCACCAUUAGGAUCUUCAAGAGCCGAAACUGAAAGCAGUUUGGAAUUCGCACAUCUUGUAAAUUCCGCGUAA